UCUAAAUGAAAUUAUCUAUGAAUAAGCUGAGUACUUUUUUUCCCUCCAGAAUACAGAAUAAUACAUUUAAGCAUCCAGUAGAGAUUGGAAUAUUCAAGAAGAAAUAUAGACCAGACUCUCAGAAAUCACAUGACUGAGGAGGGUUGACGAAGCAUAGCUUUGUUCCUCUUUACUAAAAGAGAAGUAACUUGCUGUAAUUGUAAUGUUAAAAAAUGGUUUAAGGUCACGUCAAUAUGUUCCAUUGUAUUUGUUUUAUUCUGUUGGCUUCUGGAUUUAUUGUGGCACAGGAAAAACAUCUGCUUUGUAGCACAUCUGAUUUGGAAAUAUUAUAUUCUUCCUGUGGUUCUACCACUGAAACAUUCUUCUUUGGGGUGGAGCCAUGUUAUCUUAACGGCUUUUCAAAAUGGAACGGAACUAUAUUCUGGAUUCCAAAGAGAGAUUUAAUCUUUCUCAGAGUGACAAUAGCCGGAUGGUAUGAAGCUAAGAAAGUCUUAGAAUGGAGAUAUAUUGCUUGCACAGGUGAAGAUGAUGAAUAUUCAUAUUGUGGAGCUCUGAAGGGAGAGACUAUCAACACAACUGUGACAAUCAAAGGUGAUAAAGGAAACUAUCUAACGGGAGAAUACAUGGUAACUUUCAAAGGAUACUCUGGCCAUUCUGAAGCAGAUUUGUUUGUAUGUAUGAAUUAUACCUUAAUUCUUAAAAAGGAGCCUUCCUACGAUUUUGUGUGAGUUUCCCUUCUAAACCAUUUGUUUGUAUAAGUACUGCUUUCCAACACUCCAUGGAAUUCUAAUGGCAGAAUCAACUGCUGCCAGGUUUUCCCUUUGCUGGUGGAAUUAUCUGAAAAAUAAAGUCUAUUCUUAUGUUAUAAGCAAAACUAAGUUCACAUGACAUCUGAGUUGAAAUGUACACACACACAUACACAUAUGAUCAAAACAGAGCCAUGGUAAUGAAUGAAUUUCAACACUGUCUCUGUGCUAGCAGGAAUUGGGUCCUUUCAUAAUUUGCUGAACAAAGCAUUUUCUGUUUGUGGCAGAAAAUACUGCCAGAUUCUGAAAUCCUAUACUCUUGUUUUUCUUUGUACA